CAAGGUGCUGGUGCCCAGCUUGGAGCCCCUGGAGCCCUGGCCCCCCAUGGCGGCAGUGACCCUGCCUGUGAGCUACCGCCUCUCCAACACCCGCCUGGCCUUCUUCCUGAAGGAAACGGGGGUGGGGCCGGGGGGGAACGCCAGCGUCCCCCUGCAGCGCUCCGAGCCCUUCGUCGUCUUCCAGACCAAGGAACUGCCCGUCCUCAACGUCUCGCUGGGGCCCUUCAGCACCGGGUUGGUCCUGCCCAAGGAGCAGCUCCAGCCCUCCAGCACCCUGGAGAUUCCUGACCGGCUCACCGUCAACUGGAAGGUGCGAGCCUUCAUCAUCCAGCCACGGGUGCUUGCCAGCCAGCCCGUGGUCCAGGUGCUCUUCUACGUGGCAGGCCGGGACUGGGAUGACUUCGACGUGACCGACCGGCUGCCCUGCGUCCGGCUGCACGCCUUCCGCGAGGCCCGGGAGAUCAAGAGCUCCUGCCGCCUGCGGGGCAGCCUGGCCACCUGCCUGGUGCAGGCCGAGCUGCCCCACGCCUGGUUUGGCCCCUCGGCCGUGCCCCUGGGCAGGAGGAAGGCGCCAGAGGCCCUGGACCUGAGCGGCGAGAGCCAGCAGGCUGAGUUGUACUACACGCUGCAUGCGCCCGACGGGGCCGGGGAGUGCCCUGGAGAGACGGCCCCGCGCCGGGGGGGCGGCGCUGCCCGGACCGAGGGCCCCACGCAGCACCCCUUGCUGCGCAUUGGCAGCAUCAGCCUCUUCCAGCCCCCGCCCACCCAGCUGAUGCAGGAGCAGAGGCUGGACGGCAACAUCUUCAUCCGCCUGCCGGACAAGCCCCUCAAGCCGGGCGAAGUGCUCAGCAUCCUCCUCUACCUAAUGGCCAACUCCACCGUGGAGCACUUCACGCUCAGGGUGAAGGCCAAGAAGGGCGUCAACCUCGUCAACACCAAAUCCAGGAACCUCCAGUGGCUGGUGACCUCCGAGCUGCUGACGGGCGGGAAGCACUCCACAGCCACCGUCGACGUGGCCAAGGUAGACGGUGCGCUGCCCAGGGACGGGGACUCCUCCUAUGAGAUCAUGCAGCUGGACUUCGAGAUGGAGAAUUUCACCAGCCAGGCCGUGACGCGGCGCAUCAUGUGGCACAUCGACUACCGGGGCCGCAACCCGCCGCCCGACCUGGAGAAGGUGGUGACGGAGCUGACGGUCAUUCAGCGGGACAUCCGCGCCAUCGUGCCUCUGGCCAUGGACACGGAGAUCAUCAACACAGCCAUCCUGACGGGCCGGACGGUGGCCAUCCCGGUGAAGGUCAUCGCCAUAGAGAUGACCGGCGUCAUCACGGAUGUCUCGGCUAUGGUCGAGUGCAAGUCCAACAAUGAGGACAUCAUCAAGGUGUCCAGCAGCUGCGACUACGUGUUUGUGAGCGGGAAGGAGACGCGCGGCUCCAUGAACGCCCGGGUGACCUUCAGCUACGAGCACCUGAGCGCCUUGCUGGAGAUGACCGUGUGGGUGCCCAAGCUGCCACUGCACAUUGAGCUGUCGGACCCCAGGCUGAGCCAAGUGAAGGGCUGGAGGGUGCCCAUCCUGCCGGACAGGAGGUCAGUGCGGGAGAGCGAGGAUGAUGAGGACGAGGAUGAACGGAAGCAGAACCGGGGCUGCACCCUGCAGUACCAGCACUCCACCCUGCAGGUCUUCACCCAGUUCCACACCACCUCCUCAGAGGGCACUGACCAGGUCAUCACCAUGCUGGGACCCGACUGGCUGGUGGAGGUCACCGACCUGGUCAGCGACUUCAUGAAGGUGGAUGACCCCCGGGUGGCCCAGCUGGUGGACAGCAGCACACUGGCCGGGCGGGAGCCGGGGACCACGCUCUUCAAGGUGGUGUCCCCACUCAUGGAGGCAGUGCUGGGGGAGACGGUGGUGACGGUGGCGGACGAAAAGGUCAGCAUCACCGAUCUGAAGGCCCAGGUGGUGUCCAGCCUGUCACUCUCCCUCCAUCCCAGCCCCGGCAACAGCCACACCAUCGUGGCUAAGACGGCCGCCCAGCAGACCCUGAACUUCUCCAAGCAGGAAGCCCUCCUGAGCAUGUGGGUCUCAUACAGUGAUGGCACCACGGUCCCCCUCUCCCUGUACGACCCCAAAGACUAUAACCUGGUGGUGAGCAGCCUGGAUGAGAAAGUGGUGUCGGUGACCCAGGACCGGGCCUUCCCGUUGGUGGUGGCGGAAGGCGAGGGGGCUGGCGACCUGCUGCGUGCUGAGCUGGUCAUCUGUGAGAGCUGCCAGAAGACCAAGCGCAAGAGCGUGCUCUUCACGGCGCUGGCCAGCGUGCGGGUGCGCUUCAGCUCCGAGGAGGACCCCACCUACGACUAUGGGGAUGCUGGCCACGUGCCGAGCAAGCCGGGGACCUCGGGGAGGGAGGAGAGCGCGGCCAGCACCACCCUGCGGGCAGAUGUGGAGAGGAAGCUGGAGCCCAGCCAGGACAGCAGAGCUCCCAGCAUCCCCCAUACCACUGAGGAUUUCCCCACCAUCCCCACAGGCUUCGUGCAGGUGCCACGGGGGCUGACAGACCUGGAAAUCGGCAUGUAUGCCCUGCUGGGCGUCUUCUGCUUGGCCAUUCUGGUCUUCCUCAUCAACUGCAUCGUCUUCGUGCUGAAGUAUAGGCACAAGCGCAUCCCACCCGAGGGCCAGACCAACAUGGACCACUCCCACCACUGGGUCUUCUUGGGCAACGGGCAGCCCCUGAGGGUCCAGAAUGACCUCUCCCCUCCGCCUGAGAGCCCUGGCAACCCGCUGGAGAGCGUCCAGACCUGCUGCCAUGGGGACCACCAGAGCAGCGGCAGCUCACAGACCAGCGUGCAGAGCCAGGUGCACGGGCGAGGAGAUGGCUCCUCGGGGGGCUCCACCAGGGACCAGAGCGAGGACCCACUCAACUCGCCCACCUCCAAGAGGAAGCGGGUGAAGUUCACCACCUUCGCCACGCUGCCCUCCGAGGAGCUGGCCUACAACUCCAUCCCCAUCGCCGAUGAGGAGGACCUGGAGUGGGUGUGCCAGGACAUGGGGCUACAGGAUCCCGAGGCGCUCCACGACUACAUCUGCAGGAUCAAGGAGAUCGCUUAGCAGGCUGCCGCGCCCUGCCACACCAGGCCAGCCACUGCCCUCCGGCUAGGGCUUGAGCGGAUACCCGAGACCCUGACCAUGGGAGCAGAUUUUCAAUACUCCCCUCCCUUUCCUUUUCGCUCUCUCUUCCGUGCACGGGGCUUCCCCUUCCGCCACUUUUUUUUUUCGUUGAAAGGGAACAAGUGUUGAGCGAGCCAAACGGAGCGGGGUGAACCCCGGCGUCCCGAGGGAGCGAGGGGCCGCCUCUGCCUUCCGCCCUCUCACCGCCAAAGUGCCGAGGUGCCUGCACGCUGCUUGCACAAACGCCACCCCUCCUGCCGGGCGGUAGGUGGCGCCGUAGAGGGGAGCUGGCGCAGCGGGGGGCGCGGAGCCCCGCGUUAUGGGGAAGACACUGGUGGGGGUGCAGGAGCCAGAGCUAGAGCAAGAAGAGGUGUGGGGGGGCAGGUUCAGACCUGGAGCGAUAACGGUCAGCGUGGAGGGCUCAGCUCAGAUAUGCCUGCCCUCCACGUGCCUUGACGCUGCCUUGCCCUGUCCUGCGAACCACUGACCGAGCGGCGAGGCCUCCUGCCCUGCGGCCUCCGAGUGAGCGUCGGCCACGAAAGACGAACAGGAUUUCUCUGCUUUACUUUGUUGCACAAUAAUGUUGAAUAAAUAUACAUUCAGGGAUCCCCCCGAUGGGCCCGGUCCUGCCACCGGUGUCACGGGACAUGCUGCUCUGAAUGCCGGGGGAAGGGAGGGGAGGAGCGGGCAGGGGGCAUGGCCCUGAGCUAAGGACCAUUGGUGCCUUGGAAGUGCACCAGAAAGCUAGAGCUAAGCCAUGUGGCUUUGGCCCAGCCAACCCCACUGUCACAUCCCCCGGGGAAUAGGUGGCCACUCCCUUUGCCAAUCAGCCCAUGUCUGUUCCUGCUGCCUGUGCCAGGCCCUGGGCUCCUCGCUCCCGUCCGGGGCCUGUUCCCGCCACAUGUAGCUUCGCUUCCAAAAAGCCAGGGCUGGCACGAAGCAGGGGAGGGAGAGAUUGAGGCCAGGGAUCCCAUUGGCCUCCAAACCCAACCCCAAAGCACCUGAGCUGCUUGGGAAUCUAAAGCCGAGGUUCUCGGCCCUGGGCCAAGCUCUUGCUGCUUCUCCCAGCUCCUCAGUCCCGUGCCCGCCCCUGCUUGCGUUUCGCAGUCCCGGCGUGUGUGCCUUACACAAAUGGAAGCACAUGCGGAAAUGGCCCCAACCGGCACGUCAAGGGUCCCCUCGGCUGGCACGCCGCAGGCGUGGGUUCUCCGCCAAAGCUGCUGGCCUCCCACCUGUGGCGGGGUGUGGGGUGAGCUGAGCUCCCAGCUACCCGGCUCCCAGGCCGCAGGCUUCGAGAGGCUGCACUGCCUCGUGUUUGAAGCACAAGCCUGGGCGUCAGCUGCCUUGGGUCCCAUUCGUGAGCCAAGCUUGAGUGAAUCACCCUCCCUGCACUGCCCACGCCGUGCCUCAGUUUCCCCUCUGUACAACGUAUUACUGUGGUUCUUCUUUGGCUCCCCUGUCCUUCCCGGGUUCAGCGCAUGCUGUUAUGGGAGGGAAUUCAACCACGAUGCUGUGCCCAUAGCGCCAGGCCUGGUCCCAGUGGGGCCUCCCAGAGCUAGGCCCGGCCAACCUGCAGUCAUAGGGUCUCUCCCCACCACUGCCUCACCACAUUAAGGCCUCAAGCAUAGUCAUAUGUUUGGCAACUGACCCCCCCUCUGCCAGAGAGCCUGGCGUCUGGGCCUCUGCCAUCGCCACAUUCCCACGACUCACUGCGGAGCCUGAGAAGACAGUGGUGCCUGCGUGCUGCCCCAUGCCACGUGCCCCCCCACCGACCAUACCAGGCGGUAGACACACCGGCGCUGACUAGCAGAGGGGCAGGAGAGCAGAGCUGCUCAUGCCAAGGGGGGGUGGAGGGGUGUCAUGUUAUCUCUCAAAUGGG